UUAGAAAUCAAUGGGUUUAGUGUUAGCUCGAUGGGUUAACAGUGAACAACUAAAUAAACAUAAUAAAACGUUUCAUUAGCACUCAAAACUUGCUUCUUUUAUUUUAUUUGACCUAAACGCACCGCAGAAAUGGAAUCUCUCGAAGGAGUGGCGAACGAGCAAGACCAAAGCCAGCUGGCUGCACUGAACUUCAAGGCUUUCCUGCUAAAAAGAAGCACCAAAACAAACCUCAGUCUCUAUGACCACCUGACUCGUGUGCUCAUCAAAGUAAUGGAUGAGCGCCCAGACAAUGCAGCUGAUGUGUUUGAAGAUCUGAGCCUGGAGGUGAAGCGCAGUCAGCUGCAGGACAGUCAGAGCACCCUGCGCUCCAGCUUGGAGCCUACUGCAGCCCUCACACUGGCCCAACAACAGAAAGGCCUGUUUUCACAGGGGGCAGGGGACGAGCAAGAAGAGGGGCUAGUAGAAACACCUCUGCCUAAUCUAGCCGAGCAGAGUUUCUUCUUCGAGCAAGUCGGGGUGGGUUUGGGCCGGGAGGAGACACAGAGGAUCUUUCUGGCCUUGAAACAGCUGGUGGACACACAUCCCCUCCAGCGCUGCCGAUUCUGGGGCAAGAUCCUAGGCGCUGAGACAAAUUACAUAGUGGCUGAAGUAGAAUACAGAGAUGGUGCAGAAGAAGAAGAAGAAGAAGGAGGGACUGAGGAGACGCAUGAAGAUGAAGAGAAAGAAGGAGAGGCUCGAGAGAAGGAUGAGGAAGAAGUUGUGGAAGAGGUUGAUCCACUCCCAAAGUCGACCUACAAGCCUCCCCCUACAGUGCCCAAAGAGCCUCGUGGUUCUGGUACCAAUAAGUUCACUUACUUUGUGUGCCGAGAGCCUGGCCUGCCCUGGGUGCGUCUUCCUGAUGUUACCCCUGCUCAGAUCACGGUGGCACGGCAGAUCCGCAAGCUCUUCACCGGUCGGCUGGAUGCCCCCAUCAUCAGCUACCCGCCGUUUCCAGGCAACGAGGCCAACUACCUGAGAGCUCAAAUCGCUCGCAUCUCAGCUGGCACUCAGGUCAGUCCACUGGGCUUCUACCAGUUUGAUGAAGAGGAAGGAGAAGAAGAGGAGGGAGGGCGAGACAGCUUUGUUGAAAACCCCAACUUCGAGGGCAUCCCUGUGCAGGAAAUGGCUGAGUCACUGUCUGCGUGGGUCCACCAUGUCCAGCACAUCAACAAACAGGGUCGUUGUGUGUGGGUCAACCUGGCUGAAAAGACUGAGGAGGACUUUGAAGAAGAAGCUGAAGAAGAAGAGAAGGAGGAACAGCCAGAUGAACCCGAGCCUGAGGUUGGGCCUCCGCUUCUUACGCCACUGUCUGAGGACGCAGAGAUUAAGAACACUCCUCCUUGGAGCAUAAGAUUAUCUUCUCACCUAAUCCCUCAGUAUGCUGUUGCUUAUGCGCGCUCCAACCUGUGGCCUGGAGCCCAUGCCUACGCCUGCGGCAGGAAGUUUGAGAACAUAUACAUUGGCUGGGGGCUGAAGUUCUUGGGGGAACCAUACACUCCUCCUCUUCCGCCCCAACCCCAGCUAGAGUACCCCAGUGGACCUGAGAUUACAGAGGCUCUGGAUCCCAGCCUGGAGGAGGAACAGGCUCUGAAGGCAGCUUUGGAAGAGCAACAGGCGGCUCAGGAGGAGAACGAAGGCCUGGAGGCCGAGGAAGAGGAGGAGGAGGAGGAUGACUGAAUGGAAGAGACUGGUACGCAUUGGACUGAAAUGGAGUACAAGUUGUGUAAUAAGUUCACUACAUUUUUGUGUUUCAGUGAGAAGGCCUGUACUGAGAUAUUUUGAUGGUUAUGUCAAAGAGUUUUAUGAUCAUGGAAGCAUUUUAUUUGAGUAAA